AUGGAACAGCUCCAGCUGCUGCGUUUCUUUCUGCUGUGCCUGAUGGCCCUCCACAAGUGUCUGGCCAUGCCACUGGGCAGCCAGUGUGUGGAAGAAUCCUUCUGUACAUACAGCCUGCAGGACUACUACAGCCAGCUGGUCAACCUGCCGAGCCACAUCAAUGAGCGCAGCAUUGCAACUUGGAGCUAUGUGGAGAACAUCGACUUGAACCGGGUUCCUCAGGUCAUCCAUGAGGCCAGCUGCCACACCAGCCACUCCUGCAGGGGACUCGACAAUGCUUUUGGUCUAGAGACCAUCCCUGUGUCCCUGAGGAUGCCUGUCCUCAAGAAAAACCCCAACUGCUUCUCCACGGCCAGCUACUCUCUGGAGUUUGAGCUCAUCACCAUAGCUUGUAUAUGUGCCAACUCCAGGCACAGCUGA